AUGGCUUCUAAGAUAUUCGUUCUCGCACUCAUCUUUGUAGCCGUUGUUGGUGUGACUAUGGCUGCCGAAGCCCCGGCUUCAUCACCUAAGUCAUCAUCAGCUCCAUCUUCAUCAAAAGGAAAUGCAACCGUAGCACCUGUAGCAGCAACGCCAAAAGUCUCACCGGCUCCUCCCACCGUAUCCGAUUCUCCCGCUGCUUCCCCAGCUGAUGACGAUCAACCCAUUGAUUUUGGCGCUCCUGCGCCCGGCCCUGACAGUGAGUUUGCUGAAGACGAGCCCGCAGCUGCUGAAGAGGAGCCCUCAAUCCCCGCCAAUGGAGCUUCUUCUCUUAAAGUAUCGGCUGCUGUUGCCGUUGUUGCAGCUGCCUUCUUUUUUUAA